AUGGAGUCCCUCCAACAGCAGCUCGAGCCAGACGAGCCGGAAAAACGAAAACCGAAGGAACACAAGAGAUCUCGGAUCGAAGUACGUCUUCGGUCUAAACCAAGAGAUUAUGUCCCUGGCAGUGGUCCUCCACUGCAGCCUAUUAGCUUGCUACCACCCCAAGACUCGACCGCAUACAUAUUGGAGCGAAUUAUCCUUCCCUCACCGGGUCCUGCUGCAGAUGGACUCCCUCUACCGAGACGGAUGACAUAUAUCGUGUCAUGGACGGACCUACCAGCGGCGCAAAUGUUGGUUCCUGCAAUGGAUAUUCUGGAAUACGUAUCUCCGAGGAAAUUGGAAGAGUGGGAAUUCAAGAAUACGGAAGAACAGUUGGAGGAAGAAACGACGGAGAAAAAGAAGACAGAAGCUGGACAGGUCUCCCAGCCAAAGAAGCGUGGUAGACCACCCAAGCACAGUACGAUAGAAACGGCUGUUGUUGCGGUGGUAGAAGACGAUGAGGCUGUUCCAAUGAAGGGGGCCAUGACGAUCAAGACCCCUACGAAAAACAGAUUGAAGGACUUUGAGGGAUUGUCGGAUGAGGAGGGCCCGGCGAGACAGUUGCAGUGGGAAAUGACUGGUGAUUCGGCUGAGACGGAUGAUCAGGCGUUGGAUGAGCAUAGAGGGACCGUUGAGGACUCAGAAAGUGCUUUCAGUGGCUCAGCAGUCAAGUCCCAAGUCCCAAAGAAAAGGCAUACCAAAGGCAAACAUUUCGAGUCAUUCCCCUCAACAGGGACCUCAAGUCGGCAAAGCACGCCCCAGAUCACGAGCAUACGCUCAAAGUCUGAAAGCAAGAAGAAGCUUGACCGUUCUUCGAAGAAAGCACAACCUUCUAAAGGACUAUUGAGUGGCGUUCAAGGCACAGGCUCGGCCUCAGAAUGGACUCCCCAAGAGUCACUCACCUACUCUAACUCGGGGGUUGAGACACCAGAUCCAGAGUCAGAGACACAAACAGCACGUCUCAUCGAAGAAGCUCUGUCAGUUCAGAAGAGGUCUCCAAAGUCCAAGUCGAAGCCCAAAAGUAGCACUCCCAAGUCUCCAGAGCCAGUUCCUCAAGAAGAUCCCAGCCAAGAAGCAGAAAAGGUAGAUGAACCAGGUUGGGAAGUCAAACGGGUUGAAGACAUGGAACUCUACGAUGUUGAAGGCCAAGGUCUAGUGCGCUACUUCUUGGUCCGCUGGGAAGGUGACUGGCCGCCUGACCAGAACCCCUCCUGGGAGCCAGAAUCCAACCUCCCCAAAGAUCUCAUCAAAGCGUACCUCCGUAAUGGGAAGAGAAAACGCCCAGACAAGUCAGUUACAAAGCCAGUCUCUAAACAACCCUCCGUUGCACCGUCAUACGCACCAAAGAAGAAGUCUAUGAAACAAACUACGUUAUCAUGGGGCAUUCCUGCAAAGCAGUUCAAGAGCGUCAGUGAGGCUUUCGCAGGCGGAGAGGACGAUGAGCUCGGAAUGCCCGUCGCUACAGAUCCACGUAAGGAGGAUGAUGAAGAUGAUGAGCUUUUCGUCGUGGAGGAACCACCCGCGAAGAAAAGGGCUAAGAAAUUGGAUGCGAAUGGAUGGGGAGCUGAUGAUUACAGGUGA